AUGUCCCUCUACUACGAAACCGCUGCCAUCCUCACCAGACCAUCGACCGGGGGGAGUCUCAAGACAAGAAUAUAUGGAAAUAAGAGUCUGAAGUCACCACCGGCGCAAGUCUAUGCUCUCGCGUUCGAGUCAAGCAAAUGGAGUGCCAUCUUAAAGGAGGUUGUUGAAAAUUCUCAACUGCUCCAACAUGAGCGAAAGCUCACUCCCGCUGUCGCCAUCCUCCUAGUGCACGACCUGCUACUAGCAAAGAAGGGCAUCUCCCUUCCUCCGUCACAUGGCCUGCGCGUCGCUGUGGAGCGCCACAAGGCUCGCCUACAAGCGGAAUUCACAAAGGCCCGAAUUCGCCGAAAAUGUCCCACCCUUGAUGCCCUCAAGGCUGCUGUGGAAGCUCAGCUCGGCCCUGUACACCCGCGCUGGGUCCGCGUCAAUGUUAUUAAGACGACUGUCGACGACCAGCUGGCGACUACCUUCCGUGGGUUUGAGGUUGUGCCUGGGAUUGAUGAGGUGAUUGCAUCCGCGGGGAUGGAGAAGAAGGUUCUUUGUCUCGAUCCGCAUGUGCCAAAUUUGUUAGCUGUUUCGCCGGGGGUUGAUCUCACCAAGACUGAUGCGUACAAGGCGGGUGAGAUCAUCUUGCAGGAUAAGGCAUCUUGUUUCCCAGCGUACUUGUUGGAUCCUAGGACCGAGGAUGGGGAUAUUAUUGAUGCUUGCAGCGCACCGGGGAAUAAGACGACACAUCUAGCUGCUGUCUUGCACCCAAGAAGGGGUUUCGCGGCAGGUCAGAAGCGAAAGCAAAGGAUAUUUGCCUUCGAGAAGGACCCAGAGAGGGCCAAGACCCUCGAGAAGAUGGUUGCCAUGGCAGGCGCUGAUCGGGACGUGGUCAUCCGUGGAGGGCAGGACUUUCUCAAGGUUGACCCUUAUGCUCCUGAGUAUGCCCAUGUCGGGGCACUGUUGCUCGACCCGAGCUGUUCCGGAACAGGGAUUGUCGGGCGAGAUGAUGCACCCGAGUUCCAUCUACCUAGUGUUCCCUCGCAAGGGAAGAACGCUAAGUCAAACCCAAAGAAGCGCAAACACCAAACAACGGCUUCAGGUUUCCCGCAACCCUCAUCUUCAAACCCAAAUAUAACCGUCGCCGACGACAACGGCAACACAACAGUCCUCUCCUCACCAGCUACCUUCAAAGCCCGACUCGCCUCUCUAGCUGCGUUUCAGCUUGCCAUCAUCCAGCACGCAAUGAAGUUCCCGGCUGCGACGAAAAUCACGUACUCGACAUGUUCUAUACACGCAGCAGAGAACGAGGCUGUCGUAGCUGCCGCUGUUUCAAGUCCUAUUGCGCGAGCAAGAGGUUGGAGGGUCCUUAGGCGCGAGGAGAUGGUCAGAGGGAUGAAGGAGUGGCCCGUUCGUGGCGACAAAGAUGCAUAUAUCGAGGAAGUGGAGGGCAAUGAGAGGGGAGAGAAAAGGGUAAAACAGAUCGGGACAGGGGGAAAGAAAGAUAUUAGAAGGCUGACUGACGAAGAAAUUGAGGCGUGCAUCAGGACAGUAAGGGGAGAUGGGAAGGGAACGAUGGGGUUCUUUGUGGCUUGUUUUGUACGGGAUAGGGACUCAGGAGAUAACGAUGAUGAUGGGCCGUAUCUGAGAGAUGAGAAUGGACGGAUAAUCAGGGAUGAGAAUGGCAUCCCGACAUUGAAGGCUACGGGCCAGAAGGCGGUAGAUUUUGAGGCAUUGAGACGAGCUCGAGAGGAAGAGGAAGACGAUGGGGAGGAGGAACCCAUGAUUAAAUCGCUAAGCAACCCUGAUGAUGAUGACGGCGAGGGUCCGUUCUUAAGGGAUGAGCAUGGGAGGAUAGUGAGAGGACAGGAUGGGAUGCCUGUGUUGAAACAGGGUGCCGGGAGAGGGAAUGAUGAUGGGGGAAGGGAGGAUGAUGAAGACGACAAGGACGACGAGGAGGAAGAGGAUGAGUGGGACGGGUUUGACGAUUGA